CGCGGCGGCGCUGCCGAGCCGGGCGGGGGGCGGCGGCCGCUGAGGGAGCCGGCGCUGGCCGGGGAACGGGGAGCCGAAGCGGAGCUGUUCAGUUUAUCCCCGGCGAAAUCGUCCCCGGGCGCUCGGGGUAGUUAAACAGUGUUGCCACAAAGGUAGUGCUCAUCCUUCACCAGCCAUGAGGCUUCCUCUGCUUUGUGCCUCCGUGAUGCUAAUGAGUCUGUCCCAGUGCAGAGCCGUCAGCUUCCCUGAAGAUGAGGACCCUAUUAACAUUGUUGACUACCACUAUUCAAGGCAAUAUCCAGUAUUUAGAGGACGCCCUUCAGGCAAUGAAUCUCAGCACAGACUGGACUUCCAACUGAUGUUGAAAAUUCGAGACACACUUUAUAUCGCUGGCAGGGACCAAGUUUACACUGUAAACUUAAAUGAAGUUCCAAAAUCGGAAGUUACUCCAAGCAAGAAAUUAACAUGGAGGUCAAGGCAGCAGGACAGAGAGAACUGUGCUAUGAAAGGCAAGCAUAAAGAUGAAUGCCAUAACUUCAUUAAAGUCUUUGUUCCAAGAAGUGAUGAGAUGGUGUUUGUCUGUGGAACAAAUGCAUUUAACCCUAUGUGCAGAUACUAUCAGCUGAAUACCUUAGAGUAUGAUGGGGAGGAAAUUAGUGGUUUGGCAAGAUGCCCAUUUGAUGCCAGACAAACCAAUGUCGCCCUCUUUGCUGAUGGAAAAUUGUAUUCGGCAACAGUAGCAGAUUUCCUGGCAAGUGAUGCUGUUAUUUAUCGCAGCAUGGGGGAUGGAUCUGCCCUAAGAACAAUAAAGUAUGAUUCCAAAUGGAUAAAAGAACCACACUUCCUCCAUGCCAUAGAAUAUGGGAACUACGUUUAUUUCUUCUUCCGAGAAAUUGCGGUAGAGCACAAUAAUUUAGGCAAGGCUGUGUAUUCCCGUGUGGCACGUAUAUGCAAAAAUGACAUGGGGGGGUCCCAAAGAGUCCUAGAAAAACAUUGGACAUCCUUUCUGAAAGCUCGGCUCAACUGCUCUGUUCCUGGGGAUUCAUUCUUCUACUUUGAUGUUCUGCAGUCUAUCACAGACAUAAUAGAAAUCAACGGAGUCCCCAUGGUUGUUGGUGUAUUCACCACACAGCUUAACAGCAUCCCUGGUUCAGCAGUGUGUGCUUUCAGCAUGGAUGACAUUGAGAAAGUCUUCAAAGGGAGAUUUAAAGAACAAAAGACCCCUGACUCUGUUUGGACAGCUGUACCUGAAGACAAAGUGCCAAAGCCAAGACCUGGCUGCUGUGCAAAACACGGCCUAGCAGAGGCUUACAAAACCUCCAUUGAUUUCCCAGACGAAACACUCUCCUUCAUCAAAUCUCAUCCUUUGAUGGAUUCAGCUGUCCCCUCAGUCACUGAGGAGCCCUGGUUUACCAAAACACGUGUCAGAUACAGAUUGACAGCAAUUGCUGUAGACCAUGCUGCUGGACCCUACCAGAACUACACAGUCAUAUUUGUUGGCUCUGAAGCAGGAGUAGUACUUAAAAUCUUGGCAAAGACCAGGCCUUUUUCACUGAAUGACAGCGUAUUACUGGAAGAGAUUGAAGCAUAUAAUCAUGCAAAGUGUAAUGCUGAGAGCGAGGAGGAUAGAAGAGUAAUUUCCCUUCAGCUGGAUAGAGACCACCAUGCUCUGUUCGUGGCAUUCUCCAGCUGCGUCAUUAGAAUUCCUCUGAGUCGGUGUGAGCGUCACGGGUCAUGUAAAAAGGCAUGUAUUGCUUCACGGGACCCAUACUGUGGCUGGUUAGACCACGAGGCAUGUGGAAGAGUGACACCAGGCAUGCUGUUCUCUUCGUUUGUUUCAUACAACCACAGCGGAGCAUAUGUACAAGAUGUCGAAUACGGCAACACAGCGCAGCUUGGGGACUGCCAUGAAAUUUUGCCUACUACAGCUACACCAGAUUACAAAAUAUUUGGCGACCCAACAUCUGACAUGGAGUUCUCCUCAGCUUCCAUUACCACAAUGGCAAGUAUCCCAGUUAUAUCACCUAAAGUGAUUGGUUCCUGGAAACCUAAAGUGACUGGCUCUCGGAAAUUUGUAGUUCAAGAUGACCCAAACACUUCUGAUUAUUCUGAUCCAUUAUCAGGUGUCCCAAAGGGUGUAAGGUGGGAAGUGCAAUCAGGAGAGUCCAACCAAAUGGUACAUAUGAAUGUUCUAAUCACUUGUGUCUUUGCCGCUUUUGUCCUGGGAGCCUUUAUUGCGGGAGUGGCUGUUUACUGUUACCGGGAUUUAUUUGUACGGAAAUCCAGAAAAAUACACAAAGAUGCAGAAUCGGCUCAGUCCUGUACUGACUCCAGUGGGAGCUUUGCUAAACUGAAUGGGCUUUUUGAUAGUCCUGUCAAGGAAUAUCAACAAAACAUUGAUUCACCCAAACUUUACACAAACCUGUUGACUAACAGAAAGGAGUUGCCACCAAACGGUGAUACGAAGUCCAUGAUGAUGGACCACAGGGGGCAGCCUCCGGAAUUAGCUGCGCUUCCAACUCCUGAAUCUACACCAGUUCUUCAACAAAAGACUCUGCAGGCUAUGAAAAGUCAGUCGGACAAAGCGCAUAGUAACCUCAAUGCUUCACGAAAGGAAACCCCACUAAAAAGCCCUCAGUUUUUUCCUUCCAGUCCUCCACCCCACUCUCCUCUAAGUCAUGGACAUAUUCCUAGUGCUAUCGUUCUUCCCAAUGCUACCCAUGAUUACAAUACAUCUUUCUCAAAUUCUAACGUGCACAAGACAGACAAAAAGAUGCAACAUCUUGAUCAUCCACUUACAAAACCAUCCAGCAAAAGAGACCACAGGAGAUCUGUUGAUUCCAGGAACACCCUGAAUGAUUUUCUGAAACACUUAAAUGAAACUACUAAUAAUCCCAAAGCAAUUAUGGGAGAUAUUCAAGUGGCCCACCAGACUUUAAUGCUGGAUCCAAUGGGAAAUAUGUCUGAGAUCCCACCUAAGGUUCCCAACAGGGAGGCAUCUUUAUAUUCUCCCCCAUCAACUCUUCCGAGAAACAGCCCCACAAAACGAGUGGAUGUUCCCACCACGCCUGCAGUACCAAUGACCUCUUUGGAAAGACAGAGAGGUUAUCACAAAAAUUCAUCACAAAGGCAUUCAAUAUCUGCCCUUCCUAAAAACUUAAACUCACCAAAUGGUGUUUUGUUAUCCAGACAGCCUAGCAUUAAUCGUGGGGGAUACAUGGCUCCCACGGCAGGCACAAAGAUGGACUACAUGCAAGGGACGCCUGUCAGUGUUCACCUCCAGCCUUCCUUGUCCAGGCAAAGCAGUUACACAAGCAAUGGCACCCUUCCUCGUACAGGAAUAAAGAGGACACCCUCCUUAAAACCCGACGUGCCACCAAAACCCUCAUUCGUUCCUCAGACAACGUCAGUCAGACCACUGAACAAAUACAGUUACUAGGACAUGUCUGUGCUAAAAAAUGAGUGUGGCAUUGACCUGUACAGGUUGUGAGAUGAUGUUGUGGUAGACACAUAAGACAGAGACUUGCUUGUUAUUAAAGAGAACAAAGUGGCCAAAGAAACUGUCUUAUUUCAGCAACAUCUGUGUCUUGCCAUGUGUAGCCCUAGCAAGACUUCGUCCUUGCUAAGAGCAAACACACACACACAAAAAAAGAGAACAAAAAAACAAAGGAAAGUGCUGGUCAUUACAUUUCUUUUGUUUGGAGCUAAGGAGACAUGUAGCACAAUGGGGUGGGGGCUACUUUACUGUUCUAAAUGGCUAAAAGAAAUUGGGGGGAAAAAACAGUCAGCAAAUACUUGAAAAAUGGGUUCCAUUUUAGACUGCCACUAAGCGUGGUCCUUCCCAUUAAAUGUGAACAUUUUAAUAUGUAUGCAUUCACCUUGCCUCUUGCACAAAUGUCAGAAAAUGGUAAUGUCUCAAUAUCUGGGUUAAUAAUCAAUUUGCUGGAAUUCAGUCUCUGGCCCAACUGUAGCAUUUAUUUUUUUCCUCUCCGUGUGUGGCAUUUUGUUUGUGCCACAGAUAAAGCUGUGCGUGUGCGUGUGUACUGUACACACUAGGAUGUACUAGAUACCCAUUGCAUCUUUUAUGCUAUGGAAUUGUUUACAUUGAGCAUGACUGAACAAACAGCUGACUCUGCCUUCUGCAGCCCAUUGGGUUCAGUUCAGAGAGUGCUAAGGAUGACCUGCACAUCUCUGCCAGCCUUCUGAAUGAUAAUGCCUUGAUGACCUAGUCACCCAGUGAAAGAGUGCAGAUAUGUUUAAUUCGUCAUAACGCUGUUGUGCUGCUAUUGAUCCAGCGCUGUGCAUGUCAAACCUAGUGUUUUGGGCUGGAAUGGGGCAGUUUUUCUGUUUCCACAGUGCCUCCAUCUAAUACCUGGACACUGUGAACUUGAGCCCCUGUACUUCUUAUUGAGGGCAGCUAAUAAUCAAUUCACUUGGCAAAGGCCUGUGUAACUAGAGAAGGUUACAUUUUUUUGUUGCAUUUAAUAAAGCCCUACACACUGAUAUAUUCUUGUCAAAAAGGGGAAACAAUUGGCCUGGCAGAAGCAGUCUGUGAAAACUCAACAGUAGUGCAAUCAAUUUGUUUUUGUUGUGUAAUGUAAGGUUGUUUUUGUUUUUGUUUUUUUUCCAAAGUCAUGCAGGUAAUGACAAUAUUCUGUAAAUAUUAUGUGUGAGUUUACCUGAAUCUGUGCAUUUUGUGCCUUAUUCAUGCAAAUGAUAAAUGUACUAAAGAAAAAAAAAUCUGUCACGUGUUCUCACUAUAGCACAUAUCUCCCGCGUGCCGGUUGUAAAACCUCUCAACACCACCACUGCCCUCUCCGUCCUGCCGUUCCCACCCCCCCCCCCCCCCAAAAAAAAAAAAGAUAAAAAAGCAAGAAUAAUUCAUGGUAACUAAAGGCAGCCUACGAUCCAAGAAGACAGCAGCAUUAAAUCACCUUACCGUGAUAAACAUUCCACUCCAGCUCUCUGUAGGAUCAAACAGUUAUAAUGUGAAAUGAAAUGAGGUUUCUAGGGUAAUGGAACACCUGCUAAAGUUGUGUAAGCUAUUUAGUAGGUUUUACAGUAUCCACUUGCAGCUGAUGUUCAACACAGAUGGCUAUUUUAGCUUGCAAACUACACACUACCACAUUGUUUAUUGAACAUAACUAUAGAAAUAACCAUGGCAGAGGAAUAUUCAUGAAUUAGUGGGACAAAUAACUGCAACGGGUUUCAGAGUCGGUGGAGAUUUAUGUUAUGUGUUCAAAGGGGAGAAAAGGUUAGUCACUGAAAACUGCAUCUCUGUUACAGAACAAAGAAUAAAGGAUAGAAGUAGUCAUUUUUUUCUUGUAAGGCUGUAAGGGACAUUUAUUUCCUGAGACCUCUGGAUCCAAAAAUCAAUGAUCUCGCUCCUAAACACUUCUGUCUUGCAACUAAAACACUACAGAUUAAUAACUAUUUAAAAUGUACUCAGUUGUCAAAAGACACAAACUGAUUCGAAUUCACUUUACAAAUAUUAAUUAAUACAGAUGUGUGUGAAACCGAAAGAUAAAUGUAUGUGAACCCUGAUAACCUCCUGUAACAUUGUGCUGCCUUGUAGAUGGUAAUGUGAGUUCUCUCAGUAUUUAUGUUGAAAUUUCUAACAUUCAACCUAGUCCUUAUUCUGUUAAUUUAAUAAUAAAAGAUGCUUUAUCCAUUUGUGCAAAGGUAAACGCAGAUUGUAUCUUUUUUAAUGGUACGGCAUAAAAAAAAGUAACCCUUAAAUGAAGCUGCUCUAUACUAUAGAGUACUUUAACAUGUAUAGAUAUCUUGUAAACUUGUAUUGUGGAUGUGUAAAUAAUACGUUCUUUGGAUUUUUAACACCGCAUGUAAAGUCAAAAUAAAAUAUUCCAAUGUA